CCUCCUCCCCUGUCGCUGUCGUCCUCCGUCCGGAUCCACUCGCUCCUACGCCUGCGCCUCCCCGCUCCCAACUCGCGUCUCGAUCCCUCCGAUCUCUCUUCUCUCGGGGGAGCAAGGAGGAGGAGGAUGGAAGGCCCGCCCGUCGCGCUGUUCGACAGCCUCAAGGCUGCCAAACCAUUCUUCUUGCUAGCUGGGCCCAACGUGAUUGAAUCGGAGGAGCAUGUCCUGAAGAUGGCCAAACACAUUAAAGGCAUCACAACCAAGCUGGGGAUCCCACUUGUCUUCAAGUCCAGCUUUGAUAAAGCAAAUCGUACAUCAUCAAAAUCUUUCCGUGGCCCUGGUCUGGAAGAAGGCCUAAAGAUCCUUGAAAAGGUGAAAGCAACAUAUGACCUUCCAGUUGUCACUGAUGUGCAUGAAAGCCACCAGUGUGAAGCUGUUGGAAGAGUUGCUGACAUUAUACAAAUUCCAGCUUUCCUCUGUCGCCAGACUGAUCUUCUUGUGGCGGCUGCUAAGACUGGAAAAAUUAUCAAUAUCAAGAAAGGGCAAUUCUGUGCGCCCUCUGUCAUGGUCAACUCUACGGAGAAAAUAAGACUUGCUGGAAAUCCUAAUGUGAUGGUCUGUGAGCGUGGUACCAUGUUUGGCUACAAUGAUCUAAUUGUUGACCCAAGGAAUCUUGAGUGGCUGAGGGAAGCUAACUGCCCAGUUGUAGCUGAUAUAACACAUGCUUUACAACAACCAGCUGGAAGAAAGCUUGAUGGUGGAGGUGUUGCAAGUGGGGGCUUCCGAGAACUAAUACCGUGCAUUGCAAGGACUUCUGUUGCUGUUGGUGUUGAUGGUAUUUUCAUGGAGGUACAUGAUGAUCCCUUGAAAGCGCCAUGUGAUGGCCCAACCCAAUGGCCAUUGCGCAAUUUGGAGGAGCUAUUGGAGGAAUUGAUAGCAAUUGCUCGAGUUACCAAGGGAAAGAAGCCGUUCAAGAUUGAUCUCACUCCGUUCCAGGAAUGAUCUGGUUUGGUAGAUAGAAAGCACAAUGCCACUGCCCAACAGGGUGUAUUUCUCGUUGCUGUACUUAUUACUGCUUCGGCAUUGCUGCCGUGGAUGCUAUCUCUGAGUUGAAGCCUGUGUGCUUGGUUCGUGCUGUUUCAUCAGUUGUACCGUAUUACUUGACAAACAAUAUUAUCGCAAAAUAAAUGUGA